GAUUGAAGACCAUUUCCGUGAACGUCACAUAAUCUCAGAGAGACUCAACCGAAGAAGAAAGCUCAUGAGAAAUAGGGAUGCUAUGUCUUCCCGAACGAAGCUCUCCGGUUUUAGUUUUAACAAACGUGAAGUAAACUGUGAGUCAAAAAGUAAACCCUAAGAGCUAUCGAUAUCUGUGGGAGUCAACAGUUCAUGUUCAAAAACCAAUCCCCCAACUGACCCAUCCGGGAAUAAUCCUUCUUUGAUCCUAUCAUCAACUCUAUCUUUAUCUAACCAUCUUUCUUUGGAACGGGUUUGAACCUGGGAUUGGCUAGCAAGUAACAACUACCUUCAAGCAGAGCAAUCUGGCUCUUCCUUCAGGCCAUCAUCAUCUUCGUUUUCUGUGGUAGUCUGCACUAGUUUGGAGCUUCUCUCGGCUGCCCAUGCCUUCUAGUCAUUUGGCUUUGACCAUUUGGAGUCGAGCUCCACGUUUAUUCCUCGGGUCCCGACCAUUUAGUACCACUCUAACCAUCGCUCGUAAAAUGGCUGCGGUGAAAUUGGACGCCUCAGCUCGUGACUCCCAACUCCAGCCUUUGUUGGCACCUGAAGGCGGCUGGCAUCUGGUGGAAGGUCGGGAUGCCAUCCAGAAGACCUUCAUGUUCCAGGACUUCAAUGAGGCCUUUGGUUUUAUGACGCGAGUGGCCAUCAAGGCCGAUAAAAUGGACCAUCAUCCCGAGUGGUUCAACGUGUACAACAAGGUGGACAUCACCUUGUCCACCCAUGAUUGCCAAGGACUCAGUGGGCGGGAUAUUACCCUGGCUACCUUCAUCGAUGCCUUGACCAAGUGAUUCAUGAACUGGAUAUGCUGCUAUUAAUCUAUCAUUAAGAAUGAAUAAAUCAUGGUCUUCUUGGCAAAA